AGUGAUACGCCUUGCCAAUGAAGGUCACAACAAACAUGGCUUCCCUAGCCGCUCGAGUACUCUGUCGAUCAAGACUUUCUCCUAUUUCAGCCCGGGCUUUCUCAACGUCCGCCCUUAGGUGUGCGUAUGAGGGCCCUAAUGCUAACCAGCCAACUCAUACAGGACAGGUAUGGGAUAAAAAUGAUUACCGAAACAUUCGGUUUGUGGGCAAAGACAAACUGAUCAACCCCGAAUGGGCCAUUGACCUCAUCGCGGAGGACCCGGUUGUGGUGGUCAGCGGCUCUCACGUCUGGUCCGACAGCUGCGGCGCCCUGGGCCACCCCAAGGUCUACAUCAACCUGGAUAAACCUGAAGUUGGAACCUGUGGCUACUCGGGGCGCAAGUUCGUCCAGAAGAAGUUUUACGACGCGGCCACACACGGGCCAAGCAUCACGUACGAGGAAUAUCUGGAGCAGAUGAAGGGGGACUCUCGAUGAGGGGCGCCAGGGGAUCAUGUAUAGUCUGUUUUGUCUAGCUUGUUUUAUUGGGUUUUUUGUUUUUUUCGAAUGACGUAACGCACUUAAGAAAAAAGUGAGAAGUAACUGAGGCUCUGUGAAGAAAGUUUGCAGAAUGAAGUACAGAAAUAGGUGACUUAUACAAGGAUAUGGCUUAAUGUGUCCCUUUCUAUACAGCUGCUUGAAGAGACUAAGGUUUUGGCUAGUUGUUCUCGAUUCACUCAGUGAAUGGAGCAACGUGUCUAGCAGUAGACGAAGGAUCAGCAUGAGAGGGUAGGGUGAGAGGGCAGGGUUUUUGUUGUAAGAGACAAUGUCUGUCACCCUGGAGUGUUGUGUUUAAUGUCUCUGGAUUGAGCCAUGUAAAUAAAAGAAAACACAUUUUAAAAAAAACAAUACAAAAAA